AUGACAGCUGGAACUGUUGUCAUAACUGGAGGAAUACUGGCCACAGUGAUACUUUUGUGUAUCAUAGCUGUGCUCUGUUACUGUAGACUCCAGUACUACUGCUGUAAGAAGAAUGGCUCUGACAGUGGCUCCAACUCUCUGCAAAACUUUGAAUGCAACACCUGCAGUGUCUCUGGCCUGGAUGGAACCAUCGGCACCUCACUGUCCCUUUCAACCCCAGAGCCACCUGCGCCCUUCAAACCCAGAAAAGCUACAGUGGGGCGUCGUCGCUACUGCCCGAGCUGCUCACCAUAUGACUCCCCGUUUUUCCUUCGUACGGCUGAUGAGAUGCGCAAUGGAGGCGAGCGCAUCACUUACAUGCCCACACACUAUGAGAACCAGGCGCUGGCCAUGCCGCUUCCCGCCUUGCAGGGAUCCCUGCUGAGGGACGCAACACGGAGCAGAGAACCUGAAUUCUACACCAACACCCGAGCCAUCAGUACACAAGUGUGA